AUGGAGCAGCCACAGGCUCCGGCGGUGGUGGCGGUGAUUCCGCAGCAAGGACAGUUACCACCGGCUUCCACGAAGGCGGUGAGGCUACCGGCAAGGCCAGGCCUCGGAUCAUUCGGACAGAAGACAGUCGUUAAGGCGAACCAUUUUUUGGUCUCGGUUGCUGAUAGAGAUCUGAACCACUACGAUAUGCCUCUGUUUAUGUUGCUACCUCGAAGAAGCUUAUUCUUAUUUUCCUUUUUAUCUUCUUACAUUCUCCUUUUUUUGUUUUCCACGACAGGAUUAAUUAAGAGAGUGUGCGAAACCGAGUUGGGCAUUGUGUCACAAUGCUGUCAGCCCCAAAAUAUUUUAAAAAGCAAUAAUCAUCAGUUCUUGGAGAAUGUUUCUCUCAAGAUCAACGUUAAGGUUGGAGGGCGAAAUACGGUGCUGGAGAAGGCACUCUGUAGAAAAAUACCUUUCGUUAGUGACAGGCCUACCAUAAUAUUUGGUGCUUAUGUCACUCAUCCUCAACCAGGGGACGAAUCCAGUCCUUCUAUAGCUGCGGUGGUGGCCUCAAUGGAUUGGCCAGAAGUCACUAAGUACAGAGCCUUGGUUUCUGCACAGGGCCACAUGGAAGAGAUUAUCCAGGAUCUCUACAUUAAUAAGGACUGCGGAAUGAUUCGCGAACACUUGGUUGCAUUCUACCAGAACAAUAAAUGUUUUCCGCACAGGCUCAUCUUUUACAGGGAUGGUGUGAGCGAAGGGCAGUUUUAUCAAAGGGCAGUUUUAUCAAGUUCUUCUGUAUGAAGUUGAUGCAAUUAGGAAGUACCACCAGCUUACUAUGCACAUCUUGCUGCAUUUCAAGCACGGUAUUACAUCGAAGGGGGAGAUCU